ACCAUGACUUGGACUCCACUACUCCUCAUCUUCCUUCAUCAUUUAACAGGGUCAUGUGCCCAGUUUGUGCUAACUCAGCCAAACUCUGUGUCUGGACCUCUUGGGAGCACAGUCACCAUCUCCUGCAAACACAGAAGUGGUAACAUUGGAAGCACUUAUGUGUACUGGUUCCGGCAGCUCUUUGGAAGUUCACCCACCAAUGUGAUCUAUGACUACAAUAAAAGACCAUCUGGGAUUCCUGAUCGGUUCUCUGGUUCCACUGACAGCUCCUCCAACUCAGCCUCGCUGACCAUCACUGCUCUGCAGAUUGAGGAUGAGGCUGACUACUACUGCCAGUCUUAUGAUAGUAAUCUCUAUAGUGUUUUCGGCAGCGGAACCCAGCUCACCGUCCUAGGUCAGCCCAAAUCCCCUCCCAAAGUCACAGUGUUUCCUCCUUCACCUGAGGAGCUCCAGACGAACAAAGCCACACUGGUGUGUCUGAUCAACGACUUCUCCCCGCGUACUGUAACAGUGGCUUGGGAGGCAGAUGGUGUACCUAUCACUCAGGGUGUGCAGACUACAAAAUCCACCAAAGAAAGCAAAAACUACAUGGCCAGCAGCUAUCUAAGUUUGACAGCGGACCAGUGGAAAUCUUACAAGAGCGUUUCCUGCCAAGUUACUCAUGAAGGGAGUCUUGUGGAGAAGAGUUUGUCCCCUGCACAGUGUAGCUAGGAGCCUAGACUUCUCCUGAGCCUGGGAAGUGUGGAGCUAGGGGACCCAGGAUGAGGGUCUCUUCUCUAUACUAGGGAAUCCAGGCUUCUCUUUUACCUACUGAAUAUUCAAUAAAAGAUCAUUAGCUAAUCA